AUGACAGAUUAACUAUUUGUCGGUUAAUUGUAGCAGAAAGUGGGAGAAUUGAAAACCGAGUAUGAUCUACAACGCAGCAUCAAAGAUAACACCAUCAAUGCCAAAAUACAACGUUCCAGAGAUAAGAUAUGCGAAAUCCUCAGGAGAGUUCAAGGAAAAAGACCCAAGUAGUAGACUGAGGAGAGCGAAGAGUCAUUGGAUUGUAACAUCCCUGAGGAGAAGAAACCCUACAAAAGCAAAUACAACGAGGAAGUCUUGUAGAGGAGACAUUACAUAUUCUAAUUCAAAAUGUAUUUGCGUAGAAAAAGAGAACGACUGCAGAGAGAACAAGAGUUCAAACUCCUGAGGUUAUUGGACCAACAGACGGAGGCUCUAUAGAAGUGGGUCACCAAGGACUCGAACGAUGUCGACAUGCUUGAUUUCUUCUACACUCAAAUAGAUCCACAUCGCAAAGGACAGGUGCAUCAUAUCCAGGUUAAGAACUUCAUGUAUGAGAACCCACUGAUAAUGACCCUCUUUUAGUUUGACAGAGAAUCCCUCUCAUUGGCAUUAGACUCAUUUCCUGUGAAGGAGAGAUUCCAUCUAAAGCAAGACGAGUUCAUUUAGUUUUUGUAGAAGUACUAGAAGGUGAAGCCAGAGAAGGGGUUUCGAGAUUAUGUGCAUUUAUUCGAUCCCAUUCAUAAAUAAGUCAAUCUAUUUGAGAAUACUCCUCGAAUCCUCCUGUUGGAAGACAUCUCAAGAAUGAAGGAGGUAUUCGAUUCAGUAAGUGAAAAUGGGUUGGCAACAGUUGAUGAAGCCAUUAAGUCAAUUCGUUAAAAUUGUGAGUUGUUUGUGUAUGCUGUUCAUGUAGUUGCUUUUGGAUUGAACUUGCUCUUGGAAAGUGCAUUGCAACAGAUAGAGAUUGGAUAUCUCAAUAAUCCUGACGAAUAAAUAUCGUGGAAUUAGUUUAUGUAUUUCUUCGAUAACCUUCCAAAUGAUGAGGAGGAAGAGCCGUAAGCACAAUAGUAGGAGGAAUCGGUUUCAUCGGAGUCAUCUGAUGAUUAUUUCUAUAGGAUGACUGCUAAGUAGGAGAUCCCUCCUCCACCCGAACCUGAGAAAAAGAAGGUAAGGAAACGAUCAGUCCCGAGAAAGCCCUUUUAGGAGAUCAAUGUGGAAAAGAUGCAGUUUACAGUACCCAAGAAAACGGGGUAGGAGAAGAGGGAUGUGAAUAAACAGCCAAGUAUAAGGGAGAAGUGGGUGAUGGAGUAGGUUCGGUAGAAGUAGGAGGAGAUUGAGGAGGCAUAUAAGUUUAGGCCAUUUAAGGCGAAGGCCAUCCCUUACAAGGUGAAGGAUAAGAAUUAUUACAAUGAGCUGUUGGAGAGGGAGGAGAUAAGAAGAAGAGAGUUGAAGGAGAGGUGCAAGGAGAAGACUUAAUAGAUGCAGAAGCCCUUUAAUUUUGAGGACAGAAAAAGAGAUAAAACGAUCAAGUUGCCAGAAGAAGAGGAGGAACCACAUAAGUUUAGAGCCAAUCCUAUUCCUUGGUAUUGUUCAUUGAAAUUGUAUGAACGUAAUAUGCAAGAGUAGAAGAUCAAAAGUGAAAAUAGAAAGAAGAUUAGAAAGUUUUGGUUACAGGAGAAUUCGAAAUUGCCACCUCGUAUGUAGGAGUGGAUAGACAAGAUGAAAUUGAAGGAACAAGAGAAAUAGUAAGAGUUAUUGAUAAGUUCUCAUCAUGAAUCACCUAGGAAGGUCAGAGCAAAAUCCAUACCCAAUUUCAAUAAAUUGCAUGAUGAAUUCUAGAAGCAAUUGGAUAAAAAGAAGAAGAAAUUGAAAACAACUGUUCCUGUUGGACCCACCUUUCAUGAAAGCAAAAAGAAGGCUCAGAGAGAUUAUCUGAAUGAGAAAUCAGUGUAGAAGGAGGAUCCCUUGAGAAAAGCCAAGAAGGCAGUUUCAACGAAACCUAAGAUCUAGCCGAGAUCUACUGAUAAGUUUAAUGCUUAUGUUGAUUACAUAUUCACAAUGAAAUAGAAUCAACUUGCUAUAGAUUAAUAAAAUGAGGAGGAAUAAAAGUAGAGGGAAGACAAAAAGUAACUGUUUAGACCAAGAGUGCAUCAAUCUUGGGCCAUUUAAGAUCAUAAUUAGGUUCAGUAUGAAAGAUAGCAACAAAAGUUCAUUGAACAGUAUCAGAAGAGGAGAUAAGAGGAGGAGGAUUUCAAUAAUAUGAUGAAGGAGAUCUUCGUGAGAGUUUAUUAGAGACCCUUGCUGAUGGAAGUGGAAGCAGCCAAGAGUCAAUAGCAGCCUCAAGAAGAGCAAGAGCAAUAGGAGUAGUUUGAUUACAUGAACCCAAUCGGCGAGUAGGAUGUGGAGGAGUCGGAGAGAAUUUCUUAGCAGGAUCCAGAAGGUGUGGAUUAGGUUGGGGAACAAGCUGAGCAAUCUUUGAGAGAGUACGAUGGGUAGGAGAUUGAUGGAGAAUACGAUGAUUAGAUUGACAUUGAUAAUUUGGAUCCUAAGUUGUUGGAGAAAUUGCAGAAGGAUGCAAUAGCUAAACAAUAUGGAUUGACUGAGGAAUAGAUGGAGCAUAUAGAAUAGAUGGGAGGAUUCGAAGCUGUCUAGGGGAUGGAAUACGAGGAUGAGGAUGAUGAGGAGCAAGAGGAUUAGGAGGAAAUGUAAAAUCCUCAUUAUAAACGCCAUUCAUUUUGA